GAAAAGAUUUUAAAGUAUGUCAAAAAUGGUGUAAUUAGUUCUACUAGUUUUUUAUUAGUUUAUAAACUAUAAUUUCCAGUGUCAUUUACAACUUGUAGCGUUUCUUUUAACGCUAUAGAAGAUAUGUUUCUGAUUUGUCUAGCACUUUUAAUUUUAUCUAUUGGAUUAUUUUUUUUGCGUUAUUUAUUAAAACGUAUCUUUCACCCUCUUCAACUUUUACCAUCACCAAAAGAACAACUCAUUACUGGUCAUAUUAGUCACUUUCAAGGCCGCGACCAUUCCAACACCUUUUUGGGUUUCAACGAAAAGUUUAAAGAAGAAGGUUUAUGUACGCUAGAUACAUUAUAUGUGCCCAGGUAUGUUUAUCUAAUUGCUCCAGAAUUUAUAAAAAAGAUAUUUGCAGAUGGAAAACUUUUUCAAAGAGCUACUUCAUUAAAGGUUUUGGCACCUAUAAUUGGAAAUAGCAUGCUUACUUCAAAUUACGAAGACCAUCAUUGGCAAAGAAAGUUAUUCAAUGGAGCAUUUACUUCACAACAGCUAAAAAACUACUUUCCUGCAUUUUUAACGCAUACUGAUUUUCUAAUGAAACUUUGGUCUUAUACAAGUGAUAAAGAAAGUGGGACAAACUUAACUGUUUUGGAUGAUUUGUCUAAUCUGUCCUUUGAUAUAAUUGGUGAUGUUGGUUUUGGCUACCAAUUUAACACAAUCAACUCUCAUUCUGGUAAUGAAUUUACAUCAGCUUUUAGAUAUUUGACUGAACUGCAACAUAAUGCUAGUGUGUUCUCAAAAGUUUUGAUAAGUUGUUUUCCGUUUUUGGCGCAAUUUUUGUUAUUGUUUGGAAAACGUAGAAAACUUAUACAAGUUGUCCAUAAAACUUUGAAUAAGCUUAUUGAAAAACGUAAAAAAGAAAUUGAUGAUGGAAUAUCAACAGAAGAGAAAGAUAUUAUCACAAUUGUUUUAAAAGAUCAACAGCAAGAAAGCAGCAAACUGACAAAUGAUUUGAUCAGAGAUAAUUUAUUAUUAUUUCUUAUAGCUGGUCAUGAAACAACAUCUACUGCUAUGACUUGGUGUUUAUAUAUGCUAGGCACUAACUUAGAAGUUCAAGAAAAACUUAGAGAAGAGAUCCAGAAAAAUAUAUUGGAUAAAAAAAAUAUUACUUUUGAAGAAAUCUUGAGUUUGAAAUACUUAGAUUGUGUCGUUAAAGAAACCUUGCGCUUGCAUGGACCAGCACCAAUUUUAGGCAGAAGAAACAUUAAUGCAACAAAAUUUGGCGAAUAUGAAGUUCCUGCCAACACAGUACUACGAACUCAUGUUAGCAGUCUACACAUGAAUGAGACUAUUUAUCCAGAUCCUCAUUCAUUUAAACCUGAAAGGUUUAUGACAGGCGAAAUACCAGCAACAUUCUAUCUUACUUUUGGGCACGGUAUAUAUAACUGCAUUGGAAAGAAUUUUGCUUUGCUUGAAAUCAAAACAUUCUUGGUCAAAGCGUUGUUGCAAUUCGAAUUUUCUGUUGACCCUGAACAUAUCAGUUACACGAAGUUUGUUUGGUUAACUACGAUAACAGCAGAACCAUUGUCAAUUAGAGUAAAACCUAUUGCAGAUUGAGAUUCAACAGAAGAAUAAAACUUCAAUUAAAACUUUCAAAUCCUGGCAUUUAUAAUAUUAGUUUGGGGUUUUCAUUUAAUAUUUUUUGAAAAAAUAAGUUUUAAUUGUAUUCUUUGUAAAAUUAUAAUUACAUAUCAUGUACAUGU